AUUUUUCUUCAAGGUCCACAUUUAGGUGUAAACACAGCCGGUAUAAAGUCCCAGACCGGCAACAAUGACGCACAGUUGACGUUCAGUAACUCGUGCGAAAAUGAAUGCACCGAUCGUCAUUUUGUUAUGUAGUUUUGUAGGUACCGUUGUAAGUUACAAUGUACAACGGGAGCUGCCCUACAAUAUAGGCCCGAACGACCCCUAUGCCGUUGAAAUAAGCCCGAGCAUCGGCUUUGAACCAUCACAGCAGUUGUUUUGGGGGAACGGUGGGAGCAAUCAAGUGGGCGGUAAUGGCGGACUGUGGUCUAAAAUUACCAACAAAUUCCCUUUUCUGGAAAAUAUAUUCGGCAGGAUGGAGCUAGCACCUGAAUAUGGAGUACCGGGCAUUCAACAACAAUACGGAGUCCCUACUGUUUCGCAACAGUACAAUCCACAACAAUUUCUACCUCAACAACAAUAUCAACCCCAACAACAAUUUCAACGCCAACAACAAUUUCAACCUCGAUUACAAUAUCAACAGCAACAAAUUCAACCGCAGUUCUAUCAGAGGCAGUAUCAGCAGCAGCUGCCAUUUGCUCGUGAUGUGGGCUUCACGGAUGAUGCUAUUAUUGUGACGCCACCGCAUGUACCUAUCCUCCCACAGCCUAUUCCACAACCCAUUCCCGUGCCCGUGCCUGCACCUGCACCUGCGCCUGCACCCGCACCUGCACCUGCACCCACACCUGCACCUCAGCCGUCACCUGGAUACAGUUACAACAAACCUCAAUAUAGAUUGGAAUUACCACGCAAGUAAACUUUACCUACCAUUUAAACUAAUUUUAAUUAGACAAACUAAUAAUAAUUACACGUUAUUAAAUUUUUAAUGUUGUUUUGCUGUUUACAAAAUAAAAUCGGUCUUUUUUAUAAAUUACAAUAUUUAUCUUAUUUAAUUAUGUUAAUCCAUUGUUGAUUUAAUCAUCGAAAUACUUAAUACGGGUACUGAUAAAUAAGGAGGCUCUCUCAGCAGUAUUAUUAUUGCACUGUAAUAUUAAUUUUAAAUAAAAUAAGUUGGAAAUAA